AUGUGGAUUCGAACGGUCCACUUCUACUUCGAGAUCGUCCUGUUUUGCAUGACCUGGAUGGUGGGCAGUUUGGUCAUCUACUUGUCCAUGUUCCGGUGUCGUGAUGUCCUCAAGGACUACCGCAACAUGCUCACGUUCACGGCCGUUGUGGACAUGGUGUUCGUGUUGAACUCGGUGUUUACCAUGGAGGUGGGUGACCGGUUUCUUGCACUGUUUUGUCCACGAAAAGUAUUUUGGUAGGGAAGAAAUGGCAGACAGUCCGAAAAAGUGCAGGAAAGGUUCAAAAAUUAGGGGCAAAGAGCUUGGUUAAUAAACUUUGGCUUAGACUAGGUUAGAUGAAAAAGUCUUGACAUAAAAAAAUUCACUGUGCAGUUUCUAGUGAGCUGGAAAAACGCACUGUGCAGUUCUCGGUGAGAGUGAAAAAACGCACUGUGCAGUUUCUGACGCGAACGAGAAACGGCGAAGAGGCAAAAUCAUAGUGCGCCCCGACCACGCACAGUGCGAAAACAAUUCUCCUAAAAUUUCGGUGAAACUGCACAGUGCGUUUUCCUCACAGCAGAAACUGCACAGUGCGUUUUUAAAUCGUAUUAGAAACUGCACAGUGCGUUUCCCCUUGCACCAGAAACUGCACAGUUCGUUUUUAAAAGAAUUAAAAAUUGCACAGUGCGCGUUUUUAGAUUGCAUUGGAAACUGCACAGUGAGUUUAUAAAAGAAUUAGAAAUUGCACAGUGCGUUUUUAUAUCGCAUUAAAAGCUGCACAGUGCGUUCUCUAAUAGAAUUAAAAACUGUACAGUGCAUUUUUAGAUCGCAUUGGAAACUGCACAGUGCGUUUUUUACAAGAGUUAAAAGUUGCACUGUGCGUUUUUUAUUCGUAUUUGAAACUGCACAGUGCAUUUUUAAAUCGCAUUAGGAACUGCACGGUGCGUUUUUCACUCGCAGCAGAAACUGCAUAGUGCGUUUUUUAAUAGAAUGAGAACUGCACAGUGCAUUUUUAAAUCGCAUUAGAAACUGCACAGUGCGUUUUUUUUUACCAGAGUUAAAAACUGGACUGUACGUUUUUUAUCCGUAUUUGAAACUGCACAGUGAGUUUUUCAAACGCGCCGGAAACUGCACAGUGCGUUUUUAUAAGAAUUACAAAUGGCACAGUGCGUUUUUAGAUCGAAUUGGAAAAUGCACUGUGCGUUUUUCACAAGGAUUAAAAACUGCACUGUGCCUUUUAAUAUCGCAUUAAAAGCUGCACAGUGCGUUUUUAAAAGAAUUACAAAUUGCACAGUGCGUUUCUAGAUCGCAUUGCAAACUGCACUGUGCGUUUUUCACAAGGAUUAAAAACUGCACUGUGCGUUUUUUGUUCGUAUUUGAAACUGCACAGUGAGUUUUUCACACGCGCCGGAAACUGCACAAUACGCUUUUAGAUCGCAUUAGAGACUGCACAGUGCGUUUUUUACUAGAAUUAAAAAUUACGCAGUGCUUUUUUAAAUCGCAUUAGAAACUGCACAGUGCUUUUACACUUGCACCAGAAACUGCACAGUGCGUUUUUAUAAGAAUUACAAAUGGCACAGUGCGUUUUUAGAUCGAAUUGGAAAAUGCACUGUGCGUUUUUUACUAGAAUUAAAAAUUACACAGUGCGUUUUUAAAUCGCAUCAGAAAAUGCACAGUGCGUUUUUCAAUCACGCCAAAACCUGCACCGUGCUUUUUUCAUCCUUGGGGGAAACGGCACAGUGCGGUUUUCAUUGGCGCAGGAAACUGCACUGUGCUUUCUUAAUCGCCCCUCGGACAGCACAUUAAAUUGGCGCAUCUACGUGACACUUCACCAAAAAAUUUUUCAGACCUUCUACGUCUACGAAGGCGUCCUGUACUACUACUCGGACAACCCACUCUAUCCGAAGGGUCAGUUCGCGGCCUAUUGGAGCGGCGCAAUGUUCAGUUUCUUCGUUCUGUUCUCCAUCAUCAUCACCGUGAUCCAGUUCAUGUACCGUUACGGGCUGCUCUGCCGUCCCGAGGCCUACACGAAGCUGCAGAUCGGUGGGGCGUUCGCCUGCUUCACCGUGUACAUUGUAAUCCAUCAUUACUUCUUCUGGUGGACGUUCAAUCCGCCGAACGCGGAGUACAAUGAUAUCCUGCGCCGGCACGGCCAGUCCCUCGAGUGGUACAUUGUGGCGGACUUGAGGAGCGUCAACUGGGUCUGGCUGCACUUCAUGAGCUUCCAGAUGGUGGUGUCCGUCUCGUAUACGUUCAACAUACUCUUCGGCGUGAAGAUUAUACAGUUUUUGAAGGCAAAGGCGUCGAGUAUGUCGGAGAAGACGUUGCGAGCGCAGAAACAAAUCACCUAUGUGCUGUUUAUUCAGGUGAGAAAGGAAAUUUGAAACUUUAUAACAGUAAUGUCAUUCUGUCGGGAAAAUAAUGAGCAGUCGCUACUCAAAAAAAAAACGUCGCUGAAGUGAAAAAAAUUGAUUUUGCCGCGACACAAUUCAUUUUCUCGGCGACAAUGCGAUUUUUGAUGCUAUAGAGUGCUCAUUAUUUUCCCGACAAACGGUUUUUUGCUCUUUUUCACUAUGCAAUCAACAAAAUUCCUAAAAAAUCAGCGACUUUUGAAACCUUUUUGAAGCCGCUGAAUUUCGGGGUUGCGAUUUUCAUGUAAGCUGGAGAUCGAUUUUUUUAUUGAUGGUGCUACAUAUAUCUUUCUCUCCAAAAAUUAGCAAAAAAUUACGAAAAUGUGGCCAUUUCCGACAUCCAAAAAAACCAACCUUUUUGUAAGCUGCGGGCUAACAUUUUUGCAUAAUUUUUCGCAUAUACAGUGAGGGACCUGAUCCAUUGGCAAAAAAGUAUAAUUUUGCAUUCGGGAAGUAUCAAAAAUGUGGCAUAAUACCUCUCAUUACAAUAAAACAAAAAAAACUCCGUUUCGAAAUGUGCCCUUUUCCUCACAAAAAAAAGUCAGCAAGCAUUUUUUUUUCCAAAAUCUAGAAAAAGUCGUAUAAUUCCGACUGUCGGGAAAAUGAUGCGCGCAGUGUCGCUGCGCCAUUUGCGUUGCUGAAGUGAAAAACAACUUGAUUUCUCGGCGACACAAUUCAUUUUCUUGGCGGCGAUGCAAUUUUGGAUGCGAUAGAGUGCUCAUUAUUUUCCCGCCAGACUGAUAGCCUCUGCGAAAGACGGGAGGGAGACAUUUUUGAGUGUUUAUGUCGCGCCUCGGAGUCGCUCUUCAUCGCUUUGCGACUGCAAGCCGCGGCUUGGGAUUUGGUGCGCGAUAGCGGCGAUGCGAGACGAUCCGCCGUUAUUUUUCCGACAGACUGAUAACAAGGGAAGCCCUCCAAGUGCUCAGAUUUUCUUUAGAUUUUGCGCAUAUAUUGGGCAUGAGCUAAAUAUCAAUUCCUGAAGGUUUGAAUUCGUGCUUUUCGGCCAUAAAUUUGGUAGUUUUGUGCGGAAAAAAUUAAUUUUAUGUGGAAAAUCUAUGGUAGAGAUAGGCAUGAAACUUUUCGUGCCGAAAUUCGGCAAAACGUCUCAAAAUUUCGCUGACUUUCGAUCUUAAAAUCUCGGACGUUCCUGCAAAGCACGAGCUAGGAUUUUUGCAUAUAUUUAAAAAAAAAUUAUUCUAAACUUGUGCCAAGUUUCAUCAAAGUCUGAGCGUCGCACUUGGAGUACUUCCCCUGUAAAGGAAUGGUUUAGUAAAAUCUCCAUCAAACUUCACUGUUAUAUUGCCCAACCCGAAACAAGCAAUUUUACUAUGCACCUGCUAGUUUCAUCAAAAUCUGUAAACUAAAUUUUGACCCUCUCUUUUGACACUACUUCACAAAUUUCAAGCCCAAUUUUCCAGGCGCUCUGCCCUCUCAUGGACACCGUAAUCCCGGCGUCAUUCGUCUGUCUCAACGUGAUCAUCGCCCGAAAUGCCGGCCUCGCCGAGACCGCCAUUCUGGCCAGCAUGGCCAUGAACAUCAUCCCCUUCUGCAAUUCGUUGGUGGUGAUCUUGGUGAUUCCCAAGUACCGGCAGCUCGUCUGGAAGAUGCUCCGUCAUCCGCUUACUCAUGCGUCCGUCGACGCAACACACACCGGCUCCGUCGCCAUUUCCGAUUCGCAGGACAAACGAAGUACCAGCAAGGUUGGAGGGCGUUCGUCGAUUAUGGUGUCGGCGGGGGCUUCCGCCCACUAA